AUGGCGGACCAUUGCCUUAUCCGGUGGAAAGGUGAAAACUGCUGGGAUGUUAUUCCAUUUACGGAGGUCCGAAAUUUAGAUGGCAGUAAUAUUCAAGCUGCAAAUGAUGACCUGAUUAGCUGUGAUGUUGAAGUCAAAUUUCAAGACAGUUUUCACACAGCCACAGUUUUAGAUAUUGGAAAGAGUAAAGAUUUGGAGAAGAAAUGCAAUCAGCUAGUGCAAGAAUUUGAAAAAGAAGUGGGACCUAAGAGAAAACCGGUUCCUAAUAGAAAGUUUUUGGAUGAAUCGGAAACUGCUGGUAGCAUAGAGCUAAAAUCAAUUCCAGAGAGCAGAACAAAAAAGUUGCACGUUGCAAACUACAAAACAUCGUACAGUUUAAUGGUCAUUUUGGCUGUAGCUGGUGUGAGCACGAUGUCUGUUCAUUUUGUUGGUGGACAACAAGUUACACUGCACACGGGAAUCAUGUAUUUCAGAGAUUCAGAUGGAAACCUAAAUUCAAAAUCUUUUUGCACUGCUUCAGAAUCUCUUAGGCAUGAUGCUGCAGCAAUUUGGGCUCACAUUCAUCCAAUAAUCAAGCAACAUCUACAAGAACAUCCUAAUAUCACAACAUUUCACGGUUUAAGUGACAGUCCUACUAGUCAAUAUAGAAAUCGAACCAUGUUUACCAUCCUUCGUAAAAGUUUGAAAGAAGAUUUCCCUUCAAUCAAAGAACUUACCUGGAAUUUCACCGAAGCUGGGCACGAAUUUGAACCUGCUGUGACAACAGCGGCUUAUGCCACAUCUAGUUCCGAAAUUCAUGAUGCCGACACCCAACCUAUUGCUGGUCCUUCUAAUGCCUCCGAUAUCCAACCUGUUGCUGGUCCAUCUAAUGCCCCCGAUAUCCUGGUACUCCCUUUAGCUCCCCCAAAGGUAGUCGUAAAAGAAUAUAAUGAAGAAAGUCAAGAUAGUGAAAUGGAACAUUCUGAUGAAGAAAUUAUCCAUUUUGAUUUAAAGGAAAAUGACUGGGUGAUUGUGCACUUUAAAAUUCAUUUGGAAACUCACACGGAAAAGGCAUCUUUUACUUGUGAAUAUUGUGAUGAGACCUUUAGCUCAGAAGAAGACUGUUUGAUGCAUUCGAAAAGUCAUGUAAAAAAUGAGUCUUUUCCUUGUGAAUACUGCUCUGAAACUUUUGUCCUGGAAGAAAACUUGAAGAGUCAUUUGCAAAUCCAUUCUAAAGGUGAAUCUUUUACUUGUGAGCAUUGUGCUGAAAAUUUUAGUUCAGAGAAAAACUAUGAAAUACAUUUAGAAAGUCACACAAAGGAGAAACCUUUUGCUUGUGAUCAUUGCACUGAAACCUUUAGUCUCGAAAGAAACUUAGAGAUUCAUUUGCAAACCCAUUCUGAAAGUGAAUGUUUUCCGUGUGAGCAUUGUGGGGAGACUUUUGAUUCGGAGGAAAACUGCAAGAUGCAUUUGGAAAGUCACAUAAAGGAGAAACCUUUUCCUCAUGAUCACUGCACUGAAACUUCUAGUCUUGAAGUAAACUAUGAGAAUAACUUGCAAACCCAUUCUGAAAGUGAAUGUUUUACGUGUGAGCAUUGUGGGGAGACUUUUGAUUCGGAGGAAAGCUGCAAGAUGCAUUUGGAAAGUCUCAUCAAGGAAAAACGUUAUUCUUGUGAUUAUUGCACUGAAACUUUUAGUUUUGAAGAAAACUUUAAGACUCAUUUGCAAACCCAUCCUGAAAGUGAAUGUUUUACGUGUGAGGACUGUGGUGAGACGUUUGAUUCAACGGAAAGUUGCAAAUUACAUCUGGAAAGUCACUUGAAGGAGAAACCUUUUUCUUGCCACUAUUGCACUGAAACCUUUAGUUUUGAAGAAAACUUGAAGAAUCAUUUGAUAUCCCAUUCUGAAAGUGAACUUUUUACCUGUGAGCACUGUGCUGAGACCUUUACUGUGGAAGAAGAUUUGAAAACUCAUUUGCAAAUGCACGAAGUUAUGUGUGGAUACUGUAAUGAAACGUUUUAUUCGGAAGAAAGUUUAAAUGAUCACUUGAUAGUUCACGCAGAUGAUAAACUUUUUACUUGUGGACAUUGCGCCGAGGCUUUUUAUACGGAAGAAACUUGGAAAGAACAUUUGUACACGCACAGCGAGGACACGACGUCAUCACUUACUUGUGAGUACUGUAAAAAAAUUCUCCCUAAUGAAAAAAAGUUGGAAGUGCAUUUGAGAAUGCACAGGGGAGAAAAACCUUACGCCUGCAUGAUUUGUGACAAAACUUUCACAUCGGCCGGAUACCUGAAAGUGCACUUGAAUACUCAUCGCAGGGAGCGGACAUAUGCUUGCGAGUACUGUGCUAAAUCUUAUGUCACUAGUCGAGCUCUUCUAACCCACAUGAGAACGCACACCGGAGGAGGUCAACCCAAAAAAGUGUCGACCUAUUUGUGCUCAAUUUGCCUGAAGGACUUCACUCAAAUGUCAAGCCUCAGAGCACAUUUGAAAAUUCACACGGACGACAAGCCGUUCAAGUGCGAAUGUUGCGAGAAAGCCUUUAUCAAUCGAGAAGACCUUAAACGCCAUUUGAGGGUUCACACGGGGGAAAGACCCUACGUCUGCAGAUUCUGUGAUAAGUCGUUCAGUCGUCCUGGUGGCCUGAGCAGACAUGAGCGGGUGCAUACGGGAGAAAAGCCUUUUCGCUGCAAGUAUUGUGGCAAAGGCUUCAUCCAGGCUGUGCACAUGGAGUCUCACAUUGUCAUUCAUACGGGAGUGAAACCCCACGUGUGUGAACACUGCGAAAAAUCAUACGCCAGGAAAGAAAGUUUGAAGGUGCAUUUGAGAACUCACACGGGCGAGAGGCCCUUCCCGUGUGAGACUUGUAAUAAAAGGUUUUAUACGAAAGUGCAUUUGGAAGCACACAUGAACAUCCAUAGCGAUGACAGGUAUUAUUGUGACGAGUGCGACCGACCGUUUGUGUUUAAGUACCAACUCAAAAAUCACUUGAGAUAUCAUACAGGCGAGACGCCGUUUCAGUGUGAAUAUUGCGAAGAGGCAUUUACUCAAAAACACCUGCUCAAGUCUCAUUUAAAAAUCCACCAAGAGGAAGUGCUUUCGAUGGAAUGUUAAACAUUUCAACUACAGCAAAGUAGAUCAAUGUUAAAUUUUUGUUUGUCCUUCCCAAAAUGUUGCAAGGACAAUUUCUACUUUUCUUAAGCUUGCUUUUAAAGUUGACUGACCAGGUGUCCCACAUUAUGUAGUAGUCUUUUAGACUGAAAAAUUUUAGUUUCCUGGAUUCAGUGAUCAUAUUAUUUUUGGCUUUGACUUUAAACACAUUUGCAAGAAUCUGUUGAAUAAUUAUGUGAUGCUUAGUAUUUGACUGACACAUUUUUCACAUGAA